CCUUCACGCCGCUCCACGCCACGAUGAAGAAGAUGUAGCGCGGAUUAUGCUUCCAGACCUUCGAGGUGCGCUCCUUGUCGUCGCGUUUGUGCUCUGCGGCCGGCCGCGCGCCGCGGAAGGCUUCAGGAUGGGCAAGACGCCAGUAAAGUACAGUGUGAGGCUCCACAAUAGCGCCAUUGAGCAAAAUGUUGGUGAGUUUGAGGCCAGGGAAGGGGACGAAGAUGAAGAUUCUACCGUGCCAAGGAAAUGCCCGUGGCCCAUCGACUUGACGAAAUACGCAGACGGAGAGAGUUUGACGUACGAAGAGUUUUCGACUGUGCAUAACAUGGCGUUUGAGGUCAGAGAAUUCCAGCUGCACGUCCCUCCAAUCGCACACAAUCCGCCGUCUCUGGACCCAAAGUUCACGAGGAAUGACGCGUAUUGCAAACUGAAAGGGAAAACACCAGACGGUAGACGCGCAAGCGCGUACAUGAACGGGCCGAUUGACUUGAUGGACAUGGUAAAACGGGGCGAAAUGAACGACUUUAGACACAACUGCCAUGGAACAUCCACAGAGCCAGGAAAGUCGGUACUUUACACAUGGAUGCUGGAGAGGCCAGCAGAUGUUUUCAUCCUCAACUGGUCAGGUUUGGUAACGCUGGGAUGCAGGGAGUACGUUGUAAUUGCGGCCAGGAUCCUCCUAAAGCUACCAAGUGUUGAUGUGACUGAUAGGAGGACGUUGCUGGAAGACAUUGCCAACAAUAACAUUCCGGUAUGGCUCUAUGAAAGGUGUAGAUAUGCUAUGGCGUAUCUCGAGGAACCCACCGACUGGAUCGCACUAUUGAACUAUUUUACGAGGAAUCUGGAACAACUACCGACCACAGAAGCCCCCAAAGUUGACAAAGCCGGAGGGGACCUUGAAUUUGUUAAAAAUAACACGAUAAACGGAGAUCCGUUUAACCUUGUAGAUUAUUUGGCAAUACCCAGAUAUAAAUUGGGUCUAAAGGCAGACGAAAUGUACUAUUGGAGGAGAAGGAAACAUAAUGAAGACGACUGUUUAUACGAUCGAGAAUCCAAGGUCCUUGGAGCCUUUAAUGCUGAAUUAACAAGAAUGCUUGAUGAAGAAAGGAUAGAAAUGAGAAGAAACCAAGAAUGGAAAAAUCUCAUAAUGUAUCGCACAAAUUGCGCACAUUUGCCAGAAUCACAAAGGAUACAUCACGAGGCAUUCAAUCCUGCAAUUAUAGAUGCCAUAAAUCAUCACACACAGUUCUUUAAAAUGCCAGUCUACCUGGUUUCAGAUUUCGAGACGAGCUCCGAGGUGAGGCAUCAAAUGGAAGCCUUGGGCAUCAAAAUGAGCCCUUUAUUGAAGGUGAUUGGCUCAGAAUCUGGGACCUUGGAUACAUCCAUUUCAACUAUUCGCGAUUCGUUAAAAAUUGAUAGGAGAAUUCCAAUUCACUAUUUUGACGAUAGAAUGAAGAACCUAGUCGCUGUAUUGGGACACAGACAUUUGAAACAUGUGAGGACAUAUUUUGUAGACUGGGGAAGGUCAGACUAUCAGGAAAAACUAGCAGCUCUUUAUCAUGACGGAAUAAAGUACAUAAAGACGACCAAGAACCUUGUGGAACUCAUGUGUCAAUUUACAACCCUUAGGGGAAGGGAAUGGACACAUGGAUACAGGGUAGUGUUACCGAAUGAAGAACAUGCAAAUUACAUGACAAAGUGGAAAAACAAGUGGCAUGAAGGCGAUAAAUCGUUUGGACCUAGAGACCUUCCAGUUAUUUAA